AGAUAGAAUCAAACAUUUUUAAACAAAUACUAACAUUAAUGUAAAAAGAGCCAGUCUUUUUAACAGUAGUACACACACACACCCUCUCUCUUCCUUAUAAAUUUACUCCCAUCAGUAAUUCAAUCUCACUUCAUACAGUUUCUUUCUCCACUCUCAUUUUCUUCACAAUAAUUCGCUUUCAAAUCUUGAAAAAACCAGCAAAAAUGGUGGCCAAGAAGCCAAGAAUUGUCAUUAUCGGAGCCGGAAUGGCAGGUUUAACAGCAGCAAACAAGCUCUACACUUGUUCAAAAGACACGUUCGAGCUCUGUGUAGUUGAAGGAGGUUCAAGAAUCGGCGGCAGAAUCAACACGUCGGAAUUCGGCGGUGACAGAAUAGAGAUGGGCGCUACGUGGAUCCACGGCAUUGGCGGCAGCCCAGUUCAUAAAAUUGCUAAAGAAAUCAAUUCUUUAGAGUCUGACCAGCCGUGGGAGUGUAUGGAUGGGUUCUUAGAAGAAUCAAGAACCGUUGCUGAAGGUGGGUUCGAGCUUAACCCGUCUCUUGUCGACUCCAUUUCGAAUCUUUUCAAGAAUCUCAUGGAUUUUGCUCAAGGGAAAUUUGUUCAAUCUAGUGAAAAUCAUGAACUAAUUGAUUUCUUUAAGGUAGCAGCUUCAAAGAUUAACGGUAAUAAAAAGAUUAGUGUCGGUUCUUUUCUCAGACAAGGUCUUGAAGCUUACUGGGAUUCUGUUCAAGAAGGGCAAAAUGGUAAUUUGAGCAAGAAAUUGUUCGAAGAAGCUGUGUUUGCUGUUCAUGAAAAUAUUCAAAGAACUUACACUUCUGCAGGUGAUCUCUUAACCCUAGAUUUUGAUGCUGAGAGUGAAUACAAAAUGUUUCCUGGUGAGGAGAUUACAAUUGCAAAAGGGUACUCAACAAUUAUUGAAUCUUUAGCUUCUGUUCUUCCUAAAGGCUUAAUUCAACUAGGCCGAAACGUUUCAAGAAUCGAAUGGCAGCAGCACCAAUCUGAAGGAAUAAUUGAGAAUCAUUUCGAACCGGUUAAGCUACAUUUCAGCGACGGAUCAGUAAUGGGUGCUGAUCAUGUUAUAGUCACAGUUUCGCUCGGUGUACUUAAAUCCGGAAUUCGUCAAGAUUCGGGUUUGUUUAAUCCUCCCCUCCCAUUUUUCAAAACUGAAGCUAUUUCAAGAUUAGGGUUUGGUGUUGUCAACAAGCUUUUUCUGCAACUGAUGAGUCAAGAUGGUGGCAAAACAAAGUUUCCAUUUCUGCAAAUGGCGUUUCAUAGAGAAGAUUCAGAGCUAAGGCAAAGAAAAAUCCCAUGGUGGAUGAGAAGAACAGCUUCAAUAACUCCAAUUUACAAGAAUUCAAACGUGCUUUUAUCUUGGUUUGCAGGUAAAGAAGCACUAGAGCUUGAAUCUGUAACCGAUGAAGAGAUUAUCAAUGGAGUCUCAUCAACAAUCUCCAACUUUCUACCCCAAAACAAGAGAUUCAGCUCUAAUAAUGGGAUUAAUGGAAUCGAAGAGAUUAAAUUCAGCAAAAUCUUGAGAAGCAAAUGGGGAAAUGAUCCACUGUUCUUGGGAUCUUACAGUUAUGUAGCAGUGGGAUCAAGUGGAGAUGAUAUGGAUAAAUUAGCAGAGCCGUUACCGAAGAUUAAUGGUGAAAAUAAGAGUGGUCAUCAACUUCAAAUUUUAUUUGCAGGUGAAGCAACCCAUAGAACACAUUAUUCAACAACUCAUGGUGCUUAUUUUAGUGGUCUUAGAGAAGCUAAUAGGCUUCUUCAACAUUAUCAUUGUCUUGGGGUUUAGACACCUAGCUAGUGUAUUACUAUAUAAUCUUUUUUUUUCCUUUUUCUUUUUUGGCCCUUUUUCUUUAUUUAAAGACAAUUAUUAGACAAUUAAUUUGGUGGUAUCUUUUUUUUUUGUUUUAAUUUUUAUUUAUUAAUUUUUUAUCUAA